GAGGGAUUGCCCGGGGAUUUCUUGCGAUUGGAUUUUCCCAUUGAGCAGAGUAGAAGGAGGAGCAGGAGGAGGAGCAGGAAGUUGCGAAGAGGAGCAGGAGGGGCAGCAGCAGGACAUGUGGGACGCCUUCGCCACGUACCUCCUCGGUACCGGAGGGGCGGCGCCCCUGACCCUACCAAGCGCGCCUUACGCUGCCGCGCAGGAGAGCUGCAGCGCCGCCAGCUCCCCUUCUUCCAGGGGCUGACGCUGGGGGAGAUGGAGCACGUCGUGCGCCUGGCCAUCGGCAAGCGCCGCCUGCUCUGCCAUCUCGGGGACUCCCUGAGGGCGGGGCGCGCGCUGAAGCCGGGCUCGCUGAAGUCGGCGGAGGUCUCGAAGAAGGACGACGCCACGAAGAGCAAGGUCGACGGGAGCACCCGCGGGGACAUCCGGGACCUGGAGGACCUGACGGUGGUCCUGCUGUAUGUCAUGCAGAGGUUCCCCGAGGGCGCGCCGCUGAGCCUCCUGAAGCAGCACAUCCAGACGCACGCCCACCGCACCCUCAGCGAGGCGGACUUCAAGUGCAGCAAGCUGGCCGACAUCUUCAAGAUGGCGCCCCUGCGCAACAUCUUCCCGCUGGAGCACGUCGCGCACCGCAACGAGAUCGUGGUCGUGCCGCCGAGGAUGAUGGAGUGGAUCCCCCCCCGCCUGCUGCCACGCCUGCAGCAGCUGCAGCAGCAGCUGCAGCCUUUCGGAGACGCCGUCGCCGCCCACGCGGGCAUGGGCGCCGAGCUCGGCCCCGCGGGCAUGCCCUACGCGAUGCAGUGGGGCGCGAUGGGCGGGGUGCCGAUGCAGACGCAGCCGGGGUUCGUGCUCGGCGCGAGCACCAGCAUGCCGCCCGGCUGGGUCAUGACGCCCCAAGUCGGGGUGUCCACGGAGGACGGGGCGGCGGGCUACGCGGCCGGUGCGUGGCCGAGGCCGUGGUGAGCGGAGGCGGCCCCCAGCCGGCCCCCCGGACCAGCUGCGCGAGGGGCGGCGCAGCGACCCGGGCGGGGGCCCUUUUGCCGGCUGGGCUCUUCCUCGGGCAGUCCCCGCGAGCCUACGUAGUUUUUGCCACAUGCCGCAGGGAAGCGACGAUGACGAGCACGAUCAGUUGAGUUUUGGGAGCUGCGCGCAGCCAGCCUCUCCCGGCGGCUUCCCGGGCCGACCCACUUGCACAAUCUCUUCUUUCGCCAGCUGCGCCGGGUUGCGGGAGUGCACCCGCAGCAGCAGCGGCAGCGCGAGAGGCCGCCACUCCGCCGGCGGGAGGGAGGACAGGUGAGGUGCCGUCCAUUUCGUUCGGGAGACGCACGAUUCUCCUCCUCCUCCUCCUCCUCCUCCCCCUCCUCCUCUUCCUCCCCCCCCUCCCCCCUCCUCCUCUUCCUCCU